GAAAAGAAAGGAAAACAUUACGAGAAAAAGGAAGGAUGGRAGAACCCUUUUAUUACUAUUCCGCAUGGGUUCCCUGUGGCAUGGCAUGAACGAAAGUCCCUGGUCAAUAGCUGAUACCCGCUGUCCAUAUUCCUAGUGGGCUCGUGUUAGUUAACUCACAUGGCGAAUGUUGUUGUUGAAUCAAGUUGUGAAUUAUUGCGAAAAAUGAAGGAAUUCUACGGAGAAAACAGAUGAUUUGACCAUAGGGACUACAUAUCGAUAUCUAGGAGACAAGACUAGAACAUCGGUGCUAAAGACAAUUUUGCUAGGAUUUUUGAAGACCAAGUUAUUUGAGAGUCACAGUGCCUUCCAUCUAAACAUGAUUUCAACACAUGCUUGAAAAUAGAGGAUUUUGAAACGAUAUCAAGUUAUCGUGAAACAAUGGCUGCUCUAGACAGUGCUGCAGAGAUCAGCACACUGCUGGAUCAGUGGAAGAAAGAUGAGGAAGAAAGGAGAUCCCCAACUGAAACUUUGAACAGGAUGUCAGAACUUCUGGAACGUGAGAAUGAUGCUUAUCACAAACUAGACCCAGAUCCUUUUGAUGACAGGCAUCCAGGGAGAGCAGAUCCAGAUUGUGCUCUUGGUCAUAUUCUCAAGGCCUUGUUCAAAAAUGAUGAGUUUAUGAAUAAACUAGUUGUCUCAUACAUCAUGAGUACCAGAGAGGAUUUUGAACUAAACUGCACAGCAGCUCGCCUACUGCUUAAUGUCAUGCCAGGGCUGGAAAGUGCUAUGGUUUUUCAGGAUACUGAUGGAUUGCUGAACAGGCUAUUUUCCUGGGCACAGGAUGGUAAAGAGCCAUUGCGGUCAUAUGCUACAGGUUUACUUGGUUUUGCAAUGGAAAGUCAAGAGGUUGCUGGUUCAUACAGAGAGGAAAACUCUGUUGUGGUUCCAAGAAUGCUCCGUAGGUUACAUAUUCUCAAGGACUUGACAGACCUAACUCAACCAGCAGUAGAAGACAUCCUUGCCAAAGCAACUCCCAAGUCCAAAACAACUAAAAACAGGUCAGAAGGGACAGGAAGCAGUUCGAGUGGUGCAUCCAAGGGUAAAAAGAUGUCUACAGAUUCUGCUGUUGCUUCUCGUGGGGCAAGUACCAACGGUGCUACGGUAAAUGGAGAAUCUGUUGACUCUACCUCCAGUUCACAUUCUACAAACUGUCUCUCAAAAGCUAAGUCAACUCCAUCAGGCAAAAAUUACUUAGUCCAGAAGUCCUCCAAGGCUUUUAAGCUUCUCCCAGCCAAGAAAAUAUACUCUUGUAUUCCUGCUUCAUUCUCCUUGUACCCCUUAUCUCUUGCCAUGCAGCAGAGGCUUAUAGUCCAGUACCUGACUCCCCUGGGGGAGUACCAAGAGCUUCUUCCCACCGUUUUCGAGCUGAAAGCAUUAGAUCUGGUCAUACAUUACAUUGCAUUCAAGGGAACAGUCGACAUGCACCUUUCGUUUGAAGCUCUCAAGUAUCUGGCUUCCCUUCUUUGCCACAAGAAAUUUGCCACAGAGUUCGUUACGCACGGUGGUGUCCAGAGACUGUUAGAUGUUCCUCGACCAACGGUUGCUGCUACCGGUGUUUCGAUGUGUCUGUAUUACUUAGCGUACGAUGAGGACGCCAUGGAGAGGGUGUGUCUUCUUCCCUAUCCUGUUCUGAAUGACAUGGUAAAGUACGCGUUAUGGCUACUGGAGUGCUCACAUGAUUCUGGUCACUGUCACGCAACGCUCUUCUUCUCCCUCACGUUUGCUUUUCGUGCUGUUCUUGAACUGUUUGACCUUGGGGAUGGUCUAAGAAAGCUAAUCAACCUACUCAGCACGCUGCCAAUUCUACGAGUCGAAGAAGCAGAGAUAUUAAAUGAUGAUGAAGUAUUUGGCAGCCGUCAGACCGUCAAGCACACCUGCAUGGCUUUACGCAAAUAUUUUACGGCUCAUCUUCAUGUCAGAGCCGAUUCAGCAAGAAGGAUGCAUUCAAGGAACGUUGGUGGGACUCCUCCAGUGCCUGUACCAGCCUACAAGGCGGCAUCCCUGAGUCAAGAGAGCUUACUAGACAACGUAGACCUGAUGCUGGAACAUCCAUCUGCAGCUGUAGUAUGGUCACCAUUAGCAAUGAUGAACAGUCUACAAGGGUUUAACCUCAUGCUUCAAAUAGUCGCCCUUUCAUCUGAUUGGAGAGGAUACAGCUGUCGAGGCGACGUCACGCGACUGGCUCUUGAAACGCUUUUCGUUCUCACUGUUUACCCGAAAGCAAAACUUGCGUUGUGUGAACAGAUCACUUUACCGUCGGGAGAAGCUGAAAGUGGAAUGAGGCUUCUGUUAAAAGCAGCUGAGGGGGAACUUGUGUCAGACAUAGACAUCCAAAUAUGGGCUCUUCGUGUUAUCUGUAACUGUGUUUGUGGACCUAAGCCCAAGCAACUUCAUUUAGCUUUGCUGCUUCGUGGACGAGGAGUGCGACUACACCGGGGUCCAGAAGACAUUGUGACAAAAAUGUGGUCUUGUGUGCGAAACAACAACGGCAUUAAGGUUCUACUGAGCUUGCUCUUAGUCAAGACACCGCUGGUCAAUGCCGACUUGAUACGAGCCCUGGCAUGCAAAGCUUUGUGCGGGUUAUCGAGAAGCGACAAGAUUAAGCAAGUUAUUGGGAAACUUCAACUUUUUAAUAGUGGGCAGCUUCAAAUACUGAUGCUGGACCCUGUCCUUGAGGACAACAUGGCCGACCACAUGGUAUUUUGUAAAUAUGCAGCUGAGCUCCUUGAGAGAGUGACUGGUAAACCUCUUGGAAACACUACAUCAGCUGUGCCUUCUCUAUCAAGAAUCACUAAGGCUGAUGUGGUGGCCCAGACGCGAAUAACGUACCCAGCCAAAGAAUUACUUCAGCUAAUCUACAAUCAUCUUGUGUCUAAUGGUCUUCAUGAAACAGCCCAGCAGUUGCUAAAAGAAGCUCAUCUUCCUCAACUAAAACAACAGAUAAUAUCUCCCAUGACAAACCCUAAGAGGUUGAGCAGCAGCAGUAUAUCAACUACUUUAGGAUCAAUACUGAACUCUCCCUCUAAAACUCCUGCACCAUCACGCUAUCGAUUCGGGGCUCCUGGAACCCCCGCUGAAAAGAGAUUGUUGCCGAAUAUGUUGUCUCCUCCACAUCGUUCUCAGGCUCCUCCUACACUCGAUGCUAUUGUGACGCGGUUUCUCCGUGAGCAGCACGCGCAGUGCAGUAAUCCUGUCUCGGUUUGUCCGCCAUUUUCACUUUUAAGUUCGCACAAAUGUCCAGAAGCAAAGUUCAAACAUUUCGCUCCAACAAACAUCACCACAAGGCUUACCAGACGAGAGAUUUAUCCUCGUCACGGUGGGUUCAAUGGAGCAAGAAGCAGCAGAAAAUUCGUAUACAGUAGAUUUCGUCCCUUGCGAGGGAUACGAGACACCGAGGAAAAUAGCGUCUUUACAUGUGCAUCAUUCUUGCCUGAUGGAAAGACCAUUGCACUGGGAACUCGAAAUGGAGAGUUAAAGGUCUAUAAUUUCUAUACGGGAGAGGAAGAAGUAACCUAUUCAUGUAAUAAUGCAGCUAUUUCGAUGUGUCAGCCCAAUAAGAAUCAUGAUUGUAUCCUUACAUCCUCUCCUUUCGGAAUGCCUCCCUGCGCGCUCUGGAGCAUAGGAGAGAUAUUCGAAAUGAAGUUCUCUUUCCCGGAUGAUCAUUAUGUGCGGUUUAGUAACGUAUCUCAAGACAGGGUCAUUGGCACGGAUGCAGACACCGCGCACAUUUACGACGCAUCAACAGGCCAGCUCAUUUUUACACUAUCAGACUCAACUAGCGCCAAUCACUACUGGAAAAACGUGGCCUGCUUCAACCCGACAGACGACCUGGUGCUGAAUGAUGGAGUAUUAUGGGAUGUACGCGGCAAACGGGUUAUUCAUAAGUUUGAUAAGUUCAACAAUUAUGUCAGCGGUGUUUUUCAUCCAUCUGGUCUUGAAAUCAUCAUCAACUCCGAAGUCUGGGAUCUGCGAUCCUUUCAUCUGCUAAAUACGUGCACCUCUCUAGACCAGUGUCACGUGGUAUUCAACAACAGUGAUGAUGUCAUAUAUGGAAUCAAACAUGUUCCAGACACUGAAGAUAGUAUGAUGACUCAAAGAAUGCUUGGGCCUUUUGAGUCCUCGUUCCGCACAUUCGACGCCACCGAUUAUCAACCAAUAGCAACAAUCGAUGUCAAGAAAACAAUAUUUGAUUUGGCAACUGAUCCUAUGGACAGUCUCGUAGCAGUGAUUGAGAAUCAAACGAGUACCGAAGAAAGUAUAUGUCGUCUGUACGAGGUUGGGCGAUCAAGAAGGUUCGACACCGAAGACGAGGAUUCAGAAGACGAGGGCGAAGAAGAUCAAGAUGACGAAGACGACGAUGAUGAUGACGAUGAUGGCGACGAUGAUGACGACGACGAUGACGAUGACAUUCUAAUCUCAGAUCGAGACUAUGAAUCAGACGAAGAUGAUGACGUUAUGGUUUUCUAAGACAAAGCGAAAUGAUCCAUAAGUUGCCCCGCGCAGACCAAAGUAUUCUUUUAUUCUUGAUACAAAAUGAAAUCAUAACUCUAUGUUUUAUAAGUUCUGUACUUGAUAAGGUUUAGUACUGAGAUACGUGAACUGCGCCAUGUCAGUAAAUUACAAAUGCCGUGUA